AGCCACAAAAACCCGUGAUCGGCAUCGCGUCUUUCUCACCGCCAGGCAGAAUCCCCUCGUCCGCGCGGCUUCUCCUCCGUGAGCUGCCAGUCGCUCACGUUCCCAUCCGUGAGGUGGUGUUCUUCUUUCGUGACGGGCAGCCGGUUGCUGUGGUUGAUCCUGGUAUCUCUGGUGAUACUUUCCGUCGUUUUGCGCUCUAUCUGGCCUGCGUGGUGGUGGGUGUGAACCGUCGCGUGUCGAAAAGGACACCGUCAUCAUUCCGGCUUCCUUCCGGCUUCUUCUAUACUUCCGGUGGACCCAGCUGCCCAACUCGUACUUCCUGCCAGUUGUCUGUCAUUCAUUGGCAUUAUAUUCACUUUUGCUAAAGAACCAGAUUUACUUCUUCCAGGUCUUUACUCGCUCUACUGCAUGGCUAUUGCAUCCACGAUUAUGCGCCUGUGAUCAGUCACUUCCUUCCACCCAUCACCCAUCAGGACAGCACGAUUCCAGAAUGGCCUCAUCUGAAAACCCGUCCGCUGUGACGGAAUCGCAGAGCAUUGCCUUGCAUGUGUUGUGUCCAUCCUUGCCUCCCCCAAACCGGUUUACGCUCAACGACCUGUCUCCGUCCAUCACCAUCGCCGCUCUCAAGGCGCGAAUCGCCCAGACAAUCCCCAGCGAACCGUCACCCGAGAGUCAGAGGUUGAUCUACCGGGGAAAGCCCCUCACAAAUGAUGCUGUGGCGCUGAGGGAUGUGCUCGAGCCGUCCAACGACCCCGAAUAUUCCAUCCACCUCGUCCUUCCUCCUGCCCCAGCACCCCAUGCGACCAGCUCCGCUAGAGCUCCUGCGCCGAUACCCCGGGCAGCUGGCAUGCCUGCGCCUCAAAGUCCAUUUGCGUCAAACCGAUUCCCCCCGCAACACGUCCCGCAUGGGCAAGAACUCCGGUACCGGGGUCCCGCAUUGCCCGCAGUUCCCCAUGAAGCGGAGAUCGGGCUUGCUUUGCGACGGAAUAUCGAGGCGAUUCGCCGGCAGAUUGACAUGCAGGAACGAGUUGGGCCGUUGGGAGGCGUAGCGGCAGGUACCGCGGGGGCUACUUCCCACUCGUCAACCACAACCACAUCGUGGACUCAGAUGACUCCGGGCCUGUCGCAUCCAGGACAUUCAUCCAUCACCUCAUCUGAGUCCACGACGUCUAGUAGCAAUCUCCCUGAAGAAGUCCGGCUGCGCCUACAGAUCCUCAGACAUCAGAUUGGUUUUGGAGAAGAGCAACUGAAUCGUGGGGUUGCGCCCCCGAUGGACCAUAUUAUCCGGAUCCGGACGCAACUGUUCGCUCUGCUCGACGACCAGUACCAGAAUCCGCAUGCUGAACGUGAUGGCUCGAUCGAAGCGCUGCUUACCCGUGUCUUCAACAUCUACACUCGCGCCGAUCAACUACGCGUCUCCCACGCCCGGACUUUCCCCACCCCAAUUCUAUCCGGUCCUCCCCCGAACCCUGCCCCUGGACAGGCUCCUUUGUACCUGCUUUCGUCGCCCAAUGGAUAUCAAGCCUUGGUUGCGUCUCCGCGAGGCGCGGAGACUAUGCACUCGUCCAUUGAUGCGCUUCGUGCUAUGCACUCCCCGAUCACAACCUCUGCGCCCCGUGCUGGUGCCCCCCCCGAGCUGCACAAUGCGAACGCCGUUGUCAUGGAGAAUAUUGUCCGUCAGGCGGUGCUCAACCAGCGUGUGGAGAACAACGGGCAGAUGAGCUUUGCGCGGAACAUGCGACGUAUCUGGCUGUUUGUGCGGCUGUACUUCUUCUGCUACAUGUUUAGCGAACCCGGCACGUGGUCACGUGUGCUGUUUGUGUCUUUGGCCGUGCUUGCAGCGCUCUUAUCAGAGACCGGGAUCCCGCAGCAGCUGUACCGGCUGCUUGUGGCGCCGGUGCAGCAACAUCUAGAAGGGCUGGUACAUUUUGCUCCGGACGACCGGGCACCCUCAGGCACAGACAGUCAAGGCUCUGGGACUAGAACUGAGCCAGCCGGUCCACCCACGGGGCUGCGACACCAGCUUCGACGAGUGGAACGGUCGUUGGCGCUCUUCAUUGCGAGCUUGGUUCCAGGCGUGGGCGAACGACACGUCGAGGUGCGCAACGCUGCCGAGGCCGCCCGGAACGCCGAGCGCGCGCGAGAGGAAGAGGAGCGGCGUCGACGGGAGGAGGCCAACAGUCAAGGCACCAGUGGCGACGCGCAGGCGCAAGGAAACAGCGGAGAAAGUGGCGAGAGCAGCGGAGAGAGAGCUGAGAAUGGACCCAACACGAUACCCCAAGCUGAGAAUUAGCCACCUGGCUCGAUCUGACUACUAAGUAUAGUUGGCGUUCGGGUCUUCCUAUGAUG